AUGGCCCCAUUGAACGUCCUCGUCUUCGGAUCAGGCGCCGUAGGAACAGUCUACAUCCACGUCCUCGUCCAAGCCGGCUGCAACAUAACAGCAGUCUGCCGCUCCAACUACAACGCAGCGAAAACAGAAGGCUUCCACAUCGACUCGGCCCUCUACGGAAAAGGAAUCCACAUCCAUCCGUCCAAAUUUCGAGUCGUAAAGACCCCCGAGGAAGCAGCAGCAUCGCCAAAAGAACCUUUCGAUUACAUUCUCGUAUGUAGUAAAGUCCUCCCCGAUCUUGAGACGAGCAAAAUCAUCGCAACGGCUGUGACGGAGGGCCAUACGACGAUCGUUCUGAUCCAGAAUGGCAUCGACAUCGAACAAGAAUACGCCUUGAAAUUUCCUUCCAACCCCCUCCUCACCUGCGUAGCAUACAUCCCCACAACGCAGACCGCCCCAGGCUACAUCACGCACGGCGACGUCAACAUGCUCGAAGUCGGCCCAUUCCCUACAGAAUCCACCAGGACGAAGGAAGCAGCAGAACAACUCAUCUCGACCUUAAACACCGGCGGCGGAAACCUGAAAUACGUCGAAAAGAUCCAAGAAAAACGCUGGUUCAAACUCCUCCUCAACGCGCCUUGGAACCCCAUCUGCGCAUUGACACUCUCUCGCGACGUGGCAUUCUUGGCAUCGUCCGACUUCGCGGAGAGUGUGAUCAAAGGCGUGUUAUCGGAAGUCGUA